AUGGCGAGCUCACCUUCAACUUACCCUAUCAAAGGGAUUUUUUACUUUUUUACGAAUUUGAGUCUAAUUCGAAGAAUUAUUUGCGUACUAUUCUUAACUUUAAUAGUAUCCAUACUAUUUUUGUUUUUAACCUUUGGUUUCCUAUUAACACUUCAAGCUAAUGCCCUUAUUAAUGCUGGUUGUCCAGAUUGGCUUGCUUGGACAGUGUCUGUAAUAUUUUGUUUGUUAGAAUCAGUUGUCUUAACGAUUAUAUUUUAUUUAAUCGUAACUCCAAUAUGGCAAGACGCUUUAUUUGACGAUGUUUUGAGAUUAAAAGGCUUGGGUCAUGUAUUGGAAAAACGAACAAUUUCAGAUGUUGGUUGUAAAGGUUUUUUUUCGGGACUUACAACGGCAUUCGUUACUAUUUAUACUUUAAUUUUGGUUCAAGUUAUCGCACUCUUAAUUACGUUACCAUUACAUAUCAUUCCGGUUAUUGGUACAAUAAUUUAUUGCAUCGUCAACGGAUGGGUAAUGACAUGGGGACACAAAAUUCAUUACCAUAUAGAAAUCAAAGAGUGGACUGUUAAACAAUCUUUAAGUUUCGCUUGGAAGAAUCGUCGUGAUUAUAUCUCAUUUGGUUUCGUUGCUGUAGCCCUUGAGUUAAUUCCAAUUGCGAAUUUCUUGUUCUUUUGGACAAACGUUGUAGGUGCCGCUCUAUGGACCGCUGAUAUGAUUAUUGAGGAACAAAGGUCACCAUCAAGUGAUAAUGAUGGUAGAGCUGGAACUUCUUCCUCUUAUCAAGAGGCAGAUAGGAUGGAUGGUUCUACUAACAAUAAGUAUGGGUCUAUUGACACUAUUUAA